GAGAUCUUGCUCUGGAGCGGAUGAGUGGAGUGAAUAAGCGCUGUCCAGAAGGAAUACCCCGUGCGCGCACACACACACACACACUGUAUUUGUGCGCUCGGAUGUUCAGCCUGUGACAGUGAGCAGAUCAGAUCAGAUCAGAGCAGAGCAGUGAGCGGGUGUGUAUGUAAGAGAGAGAGAGAGAGAGAGAGUGUUUGAACUGGAGAAGAGCGCAUCGCCGGAUUUCUCCUCACUGGACUCUGAAUGGGCUUUUAUUCUGGGAUAAACUUCAGAUCAUUUCUCAGGGCUGAUUGUUUCUCCAUGUUUUUGGACACAAUGAUGGUGCAGAGCACGAGGGAUUUGUUUCUGGGGACCCUUCUGGUUUCUGUGAUCUCUGCUGUUUCAGUCGAGGGUAACCCGUUUGCCUCUCUGCCACUUCUGUCAGCUCCCCGGAUCUACCUGCCCUUUAAAGACCUAAAGUCUACAGGCACAGCACAUCACUUUGCCUUCUUGCUCAACUCUACUGACUACAGGGUACUGCGCAUGGACGAGGAUCAUGACCGCAUGUAUGUGGGCAGCAAAGACUACAUCCUCUCCCUGGACCUCAAUGACAUCAACAAAGAGCCCCUUAUAAUCCACUGGCCUGUGGCUCCUCUGAGGAAGAAUGAGUGUGUUCUGUCAGGGAAGGACAUCAACGGUGAGUGUGGGAACUUCAUCCGGCUGAUUGAACCAUGGAACCGGACUCACCUGUACGUGUGUGGAACAGGUGCCUACAACCCCAUUUGCACCUAUGUGGACAGGGGACAGAAAUCACAGGCUUUGCUCCAGAAUCAGAAUCUUCGAACAGGAGGCCGAACAAGUCGUGCAGCAGAACCCAGUGCCUCGCCUGUGCCUUAUGCACCCAAGGAAUACAUUUUUCGUCUGGAGCCGGGUAAAGUGGAUUCUGGGAAAGGAAAAUGUCCAUUCGACCCCAAAUUAAACAGUGUGUCUGCGCUGAUCAAUGGCCAGCUUUACGCUGGAGUGUACAUCGAUUUUAUGGGAACGGACUCUGCCAUUUUCCGUACACUAGGGAAACACACGGCCAUGAGGACCGACCAGUACAACUCGCGCUGGCUCAAUGAUCCCACAUUUGUCCAUGCACAGCUCAUACCAGAUAGUGCGGAGAAGAAUGACGACAAGCUGUAUUUUUUCUUUCGUGAGAAAGCUUCAGAGAUGGGUCAGACCCCCAUGACUCAGUCCAGAAUUGGCAGGAUCUGUUUGAAUGAUGAUGGAGGUCACUGUUGUUUGGUUAACAAGUGGAGCACCUUCCUGAAGGCUCGACUGAUCUGCUCCGUAACCGGGGCCGAUGGCAUUGAGACGCACUUUGAUGAGCUCCGGGACGUGUUUAUUCAGAAGACUCAAGACACCAAGAAUCCUGUUAUCUAUGGAGUCUUCUCAGUGUCUGGGUCAGUUUUUAAAGGUUCAGCCAUAUGUGUGUAUUCCAUGGCUGAUGUGCGUAUGGUCUUUAAUGGCCCCUUUGCCCACAAGGAAGGUCCAAAUUACCAGUGGAUAGCCUACCAGGGGAAAAUCCCUUACCCACGGCCUGGGACAUGUCCAGGAGGGACGUUCACCCCCAACAUGAAAUCCACUAAAGAUUACCCAGACGAGGUUAUCAACUUCAUGCGGAACCACCCAACCAUGUACAACGCUGUGUAUCCAGUGCACAAGCGCCCUCUGGUGGUGCGCACCAAUGUCGAUUACGAGUUCACCACCAUCGCUGUGGACCAGGUUGCAGCAGCAGAUGGCAGUUACGAGGUGCUGUUCUUAGGAACAGACAGAGGCACAGUGCAGAAGGUUAUUGUUCUUCCUCGAGAUGAUCUCCAGACUGAGGAAUUAGUUCUGGAGGAAGUGGAGGUCUUUAGGAUUCCAACACCAAUAACCACAAUGAAGAUUUCUCCAAAGCGACAACAACUGUAUGUGAGUUCAGCAGUGGGAGUGACUCACCUGGCAUUACACAGAUGCGAUGUGUACGGUAAGGGGUGUGCAGACUGCUGCCUUGCCCGCGACCCUUACUGCGCUUGGGACGGCAAGUCCUGCUCCCGCUACUCCACCAACCACAAGAGGCGCAGUCGAAGGCAAGAUGUGAAGUAUGGCAACCCAAUUCGCCAGUGCAGAGGCUACAACUCCAAUGCCAAUAGAAACACUCUUGAGGCGGUGCAGUAUGGAGUGGAGGGAAGUACAGCGUUCCUGGAGUGCCAGGCGAGGUCUCCUCAUGUGUCCAUCAAGUGGCAUUUUCAGAAGGAGAACAGUGACCGGAGACGAGAGAUUCGUUCAGAUGGGCGUGUGUUGCAUACAGAUCAGGGCCUGCUUUUGCGCUCCCUGCAGCUCUCAGACGCCGGCACCUACCAGUGCACAGCCACAGAGAAGAAUUUCAAGCACACGCUGGUCAAGCUUCAGUUGCUCGUGCUGUCAGUGCGCACUGUCAACAGCAUCCAAAUGGAAACCGGAGCCUCUAUACCUGCCAUGCCCGCUGUUCCCCUACAGACCAGUGCCUGGACACCCAGUGCUGAGCAGUACAAAGACCUGCUGACCAUCCUGAGCCAGCCUGAGAUGGGUUUAAUCAACCAGUACUGCCAGGACUACUGGCAAAUCGCUGAGCAUGACAAGAAAGACCCAUACGAGCCAAAGGAGCAGCGCAAACCACGUAACCGGAGACACCACGAGACCCAGAGGAGCUCAGCCGAGACAUGAGGAGCAGGAGGAAGAGGAGGAGGUUGAGGAAGACGGAACAGCAACGCAGACGCGCAAAGUACAUGCAUCCACAAGACUCAAGCAAACGCUGAAACACACAUAACACAUGAAAAUAAACGAAAUUACAGCGUGACCCAUGGACUAAAUGGACACAUUAGAGCAGCGAGCGUAGGCAGUAUUUAUUGUAGUUUGUACAUAGUUAGGCUCUGUGGAUAUCUUUGUACUGAGAGCACAAAAAGAGAGAGAGAGAGAGAGAGAGAGAGAAACAGUUUUGUUUUGUGUAUAUGAUUCUUCUGUGCAGAUAUUUUAUUAUUAUUGUUCUUCGUAUCGCAUAUUUAUUAUGGUGUUCUUGUCCUAAUGAACUGUGUGAUUGUAUUACGGGGAAGACAAACGCACAGUUACAUGCUGUAUAUACUGAGUGGAUAAAUACUCACGGUGCAUCAUUUAUAGGUGCUCCUAAUAGGCCACCAUGUAAUAUACAGUACAACGAGGCAUUAGCUCUAACACCAGUGGUUUUACUGACCAAGCAGUUUCCAUGGAUACAAGCUGGAUUCCUGAUCAGUCACACUUUAUGUAUGCUUUAGCUCAGGGGUGUCAAACUCAUAAUAUUAGGGUCACAUUACACUUAGUCCAAUGCCCAAAGUGGGCCAGACAAAAAAAAAAGUCAGUUUUGUAGCCCAAUAACACAGGAACCACUCCUCUUUACACCGUUUAUUGAAUACGCAAACAGCUUGAACAUGUGCUGUAUCUCCUCAAUCCUGCCAUUCAUUACAAGAAAAGCUGUUUUUUUCAUACACUGGUUUGCAAAAGUAUUCACUCCCUGGAUCUUUUCUACUUUUUUUGUAAUGUUGCAAUCUGAAAUAGACUUGAUUGGAAUUACAGGUCAACGUUUUAGCAUGUUGAUAAAGAGUUACAAAUCAUUCUGUCAACAGCUAGCACAUUUUCUCAGUAGCUGAGUUGAUAUCCUUGAGUUUUCUGCUCUGGGGUGGGUUUCCCAUAUAACGUUGCUUUUUAGGGCUAAAGAGCGAGUUAAGAGACGCUCUGAAGCAAUGAACAUUGUCUCUGUACGUGGUUUUCCCAAACUCAUUCGUCUGAAGAGCAACAUUACCAAGAGCUUCUUUGCAGUGCACGUCCCCGAUAUAGGCAUUAGUAGUUGCUAAAUCCAGUCGAUGAGGUCACAUGGCGUUCGUCUUUUACCAAAAAGCAGUGAAAUAGAGUGUUUAAAAUAUGUUAAUAUAUUGUAUCAUCAUUAAGCAUUACAUAUAUAAUAUGGUAAUUAAUAAUUGAAACUAUUUUACAUUUUUGGGCAAUAUUUUUUAUUCCAAGCGUGUUUUUUUAAUUUUAUUUUUAUUUUUUUUAUUAAAUGAAUAAACGUUCACACGAAAGAAUGAGCAAAUAAUAAACUAAAUAAUGAAGUAAAUGUGUUCCCCGUGCCCGAUUAUUUUAACUGUUAUCCACAAUGGCAAGUUGGUAAUGUUCUUCCUUAUAUGUGCCCAUGCAGAGAGAGAGAGAGAGAGAGGUUUUGAUCUGUCUUUACCUAAGGAGGUGUGCAUGUGUGUAUAUAAGCUGGAAUUAAAAUGGAUUUUUGGAGGGUUAGCACCAUUUGAUUUACACAACACGCCGACCACUUUAAAGGUGAAAAGUGUUGUUUUAUUGUGACACAAACAAUAAUUAAGAUGAAAAAACAGAAAUCUGGAGUGUGCAUAAGUAUUCACCCCCUUUUGUAUGAAACCCCUAAAUAAGAGCUGGUCCAACCGAUUCACUUCAUAAGUCACAUAAUUAGUUGAUUAAGAUCCACCUGUGUGCAAACAAAGUGUCACAUGAUUGAUCACAUGAUGUCUGUAUAACCCAACCUGUUCUGGAAGGACCCUGACUCUGCAACACUACUGAGGAAGCAACAUGAAAACCAAGGAGCCUCCAAACAGGUCAGAGACAAAGUUGUGGAGAAGUAUAGAUCAGGGUUGGGUUAUAAAAAUAUCCCAAACUUUGAAUAUCCCAGGGAGCACCAUUAAAUCCAUUGUAGCAAAAUGGAAAGAAUAUGGCACCACUACAAACCUGACAAGAGAAGGCCGCCCACCAAAACUCACAGACCGGGCAAGGAGGGCAUUAAUCAGAGAAGCAACAAAGACACCAAAGAUAACACUGAAGGAGCUGCAAAGAUCCACAGUGGAGAUGGGAGUAUCUGUCCAUAGGACCACUUUAAGCCGUACACUCCACAGGGUGGGGCUUUAUGGAAGAGUGGCCAAAAUAAAGCCAUUGCUUAAGAAAACAUGUUUGGAGUUUGCCCAACAGCAUGCGGCAGACUCCCCAAACACACGGAAGAUGAUUCUCUGGUCAAAUGAGACUAAAAUUUAUCUUUUUGGCCAUCAUGAGAAAUGCCAUGUGUAGCACAAACCCAACGCCCUGAGAACACCAUUCCUACAGUGAAGCAUGGUGGUGGCAGCAUCAUGCUGUGGGGAUAUUUUUCAUCUGCAGGGACAGGAAAACUGGUCAGGACUGAAGGAAAGAUGGAUGGCAUUAAAUACAGGGCAAUUCUGGAGGAAAACCUGUUUGAGUCAGCCAGAGGUUUGAGACUGGGACGAAGGUUCACGGUCCAGCAGGACAAUGACCCUAAACAUACUGCUAAAGCUACACUGGAGUGGUUUAAAGGGAAACAUUUAAAUGUCUUGGAAUGGCUGUACACCAAUGCAACCCAUCUAACUUGAAGGAGUUGGAGCAGUUUUGCCUUGAGGAAUGGGCAAAAAUCCCAGUGGCUAGAUGUGUUAAGCUAAUAGAGACAUACCCCAAGAGACUUGCAGCUGUAAUUGUAGCAAAAGGUGGCUCUAUAAAGUAUUGACUUUGGGGGGUGAAUACCUAUGCACACUCCAGAUUUCUGUUUUUUCAUCUUAAUUAUUGUUUGUGUCACAAUAAAAAAAAAUGCACCUUUAAACUCCCCAAAAAUCCAUUUUAAUUCCAGCAUGUAAUGCGACAAAACAGGACAAACACCAAGGGGAAUGAAUGCUUUUGCAAGGCACUGUACUCCCUGGUGGAAAACAGUGACUCAGUGUUUCAGUUCAAUUACAGUUCUUCUAGAACGGAUUCUAAAUGGUCUUGAUCGACACCCCUGCUUUAGUUAGGCUUGUAAAUGUCUGAACAUUUACAGUGCUCAGCGUAAAUGAGUACACCCCC